CGACUCUGAAUUUCUUAGCCGCGCAGAAACACACGCGCUACAAACGCAGCCACAGUCGGGUAUCCUCAAUUCUUCCACUUUUACCGCUUUCUCGUCAAUACCCGAUCGUCUCACUCUAACUCGAAACCCGUUCACGUAACCAAACGACGUAUACCCGCGCAAGAUGAGUGCGCAAGCGGACCCCGCGCAGAGAGUCGCGAUAGGAAUAUCCUUUGGCAAUUCAUACAGCUCUAUUGCCUUUACCAGCGGUGAAGGCAGAGCACAGGUCAUCGCCAACGAAGACGGAGAUCGCCAGAUCCCCUCCACUCUGUCCUACGUUGAAGGAGAGGAACUCCACGGUGGACAGGCCAAGAGCCAAUUCGUCCGCAAUGCGAAGAACACAGUCGCCUACUUCCGCGACUUUCUCGGACAAGACUUCAAAUCGAUAGACCCCUCGCCAUGCCACCAGUCGGCUCACCCCAUACAGCAUGAAGACAGCGUGGCUUUCACCAUUCGCGACACCGAAGAAGAGAAGGAAAACACCGUUUCCGUUAUCGAUAUCACCACACGCCACAUGAAGAGACUGCGAAGCUCUGCCUCUGACUACCUCGGAAAGGACGUCAACGCCGCCGUCAUCACCGUACCCACAAACUUCAGCGACGCCCAGAAGGAGGCUCUCAAGAAGGCUUCAACAAAUGCUGGUAUUGAGGUUCUGCAGUUCAUCAGCGAGCCCACGGCUGCUGUCCUGGCCUACGAUGCCCAACCUGAUGCGAAGCUAGCCGACAAGAUCGUCGUUGUCGCUGACUUGGGUGGUACUCGUUCGGAUGUCGCCGUGGUCGCAUCCCGUGGUGGCAUUUACACUAUCCUGGCCACUCUACACGACUAUGAUGUUAGCGGCUUCAAGCUCGACCAAGUGCUCAUGGACCACUUUGCCAAGGAGUUCCUCAAGAAACACAAGUCGGCAGGUGACCCCCGGGAGAACGACCGAUCGUUGGCCAAGCUGAAGCUCGAGUGCGAAGCCGUCAAGAAGGCGCUAUCCAUUGGUAGCACCGCCAACUUCUCCGUAGAGAGCUUAGUGGGCGGCACUGACUUUACCGCAACCAUCAACCGUACCCGUUAUGAUCUCCUGGGAAGCAAGCUGUUCGCCGCUUUCACUCGUCUUGUAACGCAAGCUGUGGAGAAGGCCAACUUGGACCCUCUCGACAUCUCUGAGAUUGUAUUGGCUGGUGGUAACUCACAUACCCCCAAGGUUGCUUCGGCAGUACGAUCAGCCUUCCCAGACUCCACGACUGUCCUCGCGCCUUCCACAUCCCCAUCCGCCAUCAACCCUUCGGAACUGGCAGUCCGCGGUGCCGCCAUUCAGGCCAGCCUCAUCCAGGAGUUCGAGCUUGAGGACAUUGAACAAAGCUCUCACCCCAUGGUCACCGUUACGCCCCAUCUUUCUACCGCUGUUGGUGUGUUGUGCAUCUCGGGUGACGAAUCCUCCGGCGUUUUCCACGCCAUUGUUGAUACUGAGACACAACUCCCCGUUCGACGCACUGCAACCAUCACGACACCACGAGAGGGUGGUGAUGUGCUUAUCAAACUUGCCGAAGGCUCACGACACAUCAAGGUCACGAAGCCAGAACCAAAGCCCAAGUCUGAAAAGAAAGAUGACGACUCGGAAGACGAUGAUAGCGAUGACGACAGCGAAGAGGAGGAGGAAGAGCUGAGGGAAAAGACAUGGAAGGUCGGCCAAGUGCUAAGCGAGGCUGCGGUCCGUGGAGUGAAGAAGGGAGGAAAGGUUGAAGUGCAAAUUAACAUUGGCGCCGACCUGAGCAUAAACGCCAUCAUCCGUGAAGUUGGCGGCAAGGGCGGUGUCCGUGGUAUGAUCCAAGGAAAGAAGGUUAACGGCAGCGCCUAAGGUGGACUCGACUUCUCCACUAUACCAAUUCACCAACCGCUGGACGAGAGCCCUUCCUCAUAUGCGAUGUAAACGACAUAGACAGCUUGUUUCUUUACUUGACCGCUACCAGUAGCUUGUAUAGGCCUAUUGAAAGGCUUAAACUUUUGAGCUGGCUGCAAUGAAAAUUAUCUAGACCCGCAAUCCAACGUGCCAAGUAGUCCAGUCAUCGAUUUUUCAAAAGUCGAAAUCGCGGUCUCAUCCUUCUACCCAUUGCUGUGUUUGUUCUCCAUUGCUCGUAUUCCAUGUCUCUCGUAUCCGUAAAAUCCAAAUCUUGAUAGUGCCAUCUGCGCUCCAACCAAUUCUCCUUGUCCAAGUCAUCUAUGCUAGAAUCCAGCGCACCCAAAACCUCAUCCUC